UGCUGCCUGCCGUAGUGGGAGCGCAGGGAGGCGGAGGAGUGCGGGGGAAUUCAGCCCGCCGCGCUGGCGAGAUGGCGGCGCAGAAGAUUAACGAGGCGCUGGAGCACAUCGCGAAAGCGGAGAAAUAACAGCAGUAUGGAUGUAAUAGCACUGACAAAGCUGCUAUAAUUUUAGUAAGAAGAGUAACAGGCCCUCUGGAAUCAUGGAUCAAAAGUUAUGCCUGAAAACUGGAUUCUUAAAGUGGAAACCAGAUUAUGACAGUGCAGCUACUGAAUAUGGGAAGGCAGCUGUUGCUUUUAAGAAUGCCAAGCAGUUUGACCAGGCAAGGGAAGCCUGUUUGCGGGAAGCUGAGGCACAUGAAAACAAUAAAGCUCUCUUCCAUGCUGCCAAAGCUUAUGAACAAGCUGGCAUGAUGCUAAAGGAGAUGCAGAGACUCCCUGAAGCAGUUCAGCUGAUCGAGAAAGCCAGUAUGAUGUACCUGGAGAAUGGAACACCAGACACAGCAGCUAUUGCUCUGGAACGGGCUGGGAAAUUAAUAGAAAAUGUGAGCCCAGAGAAGGCUGUGCAACUCUAUCAGCAAGCAGCGUCAGUGUUUGAAAACGAGGAGCGUUUACGGCAGGCAUUAGAAAUGCUGGGGAAGGCAUCAAGACUUUUAGUCAGAGGACGCAGAUUAGAUGAAGCUGCGUUGUCUCUUCAAAAGGAGAAAAGUAUUUAUAAGGAAAUUGAAAAUUACCCUACAUGCUAUAAGAAAACUAUUGCUCAAGUCUUAGUUCAUCUUCAUAGAAAUGAUUAUGUUGCUGCAGAGAGAUGUGUGAGGGAAAGCUAUAGUAUACCAGGAUUCAAUGGAAGUGAAGAUUGUGCAGCACUAGAGCAACUUUUAGAAGGGUAUGAUCAGCAAGAUCAGGAUCAAGUUUCUGAAGUCUGUAAUUCUCCACUCUUCAAAUACAUGGAUAAUGAUUAUGCCAAGCUUGGUCUUACCUUGGUGGUCCCAGGAGGUGGAAUCAAGAAGAAAUCGCCAAAUGCUGCACAAGACAAAGCCAGAGGACCAGCUGCAGUGGGCUCUCAUGCUGAUGAGGAAGAGGAUGAAUAUUCUGGUGGACUGUGCUAACUACUGGCUAGGUUGUCUUAAAUAUCUGACUUAUUUGUGAUGUUGAGCAUAUCCAAAGGUACCAGAUUUACCAGAGCUUCAUUGCAAUUGUGAUAUGGGAAUCCUAAUAUUAACUUGGCAGCUUCUGGGUACAGUACAGGAGAAAAAGCAUGACUGUACCUACCAUCUUGAUCAUCUCUUAUCUGGUAGGAGCUUCCUUAGGGCCCUGCCUUC